AGUUGCCCACACUACAUCAAAGUUGCUUUGAUAUAUCUACAAAUACUGCUUACAAAAUUCUUAAUAGAUUUCUGUUUCAUAAAUUGACUGAAAGGAUGGAGAAAUUUGGAUUUCAAAAAGUUUCAAACAAUCCUUCUCAACCUGGACAACCAUCAAUUACUCACAACAUACGAAUCCCUCAUCCGCAAACUCCGCCAGCCCAAAUGCAGCCAUUACGUGAAUCAUUUAGAAAACAGUUAAUGGUAGACAAUGCACCAGGUAAUGAUGUUGUUGUUGCCAACUGUGUUGCUGUUAACCCUGCGGACUUUGCUCAAGUACCUGAUCGUGCCCCAGUAAUUUUGGAUGGCAAUUUUGUUUAUUCAAUUGCUAAAGAUGAACGAACUAAACCAGGUACUAUUGGUUUGGCAGGUAAUAUGAGAACCUGGGGGAAAUGGUCUCUUGGACAACCUGUUACAAUCGAGAAUUAUAAUAUUUUUCAAAAUGGACAACAACAACAAUAUCUCGGUGCAGUUGACCUUUUUAUUGAUUUUAAAUCUAGAAGCAGAGCCAAUUCAAAUCCAAUAAAUCAUGAUCAAUUAGUUGAUUUAUUCUUAAAAAAGUAUGAAAAUCAAAUUUUACAACCUACUCAAGUUAUUUAUAUGGAAUUUAAUGGGGCAUAUUUUAGUGUUUUAGUAAAUAGCGUUCAAGUGAUUGAUGUUAAUACUAAAGAUCAUUUACCUAGUUUUAAGGAUUCUGAUGAUUUAUCCACCAAAGGUAUUUUGCUUAAACUGACUGAUGUCUUGUUCUAUCCAGCAGAAGGAUCCGUAAUCAAUUUGACAAAGAAUAAAUCAUUAAAGUCUCGUAUUUUUGGGGGAUCGUCGAAUGUUCACCAUCGUCCUCACGCAAGAAAGCAAAUUAUCAAUCCUGAUUUUAAAUUAGAAGAUUUAGGUAUUGGUGGGUUAGAUGCCGAAUUUCAAGAUAUUUUCAGACGUGCAUUUAAUUCAAGAAUUUUACCUCCUGAUAUUGCUGAAAAAUUGGACUAUAAGCAUUGUAAAGGUUUAUUAUUGUAUGGACCUCCAGGUACUGGUAAAACUUUGAUUGCUCGUAAAUUAUCCAAAAUGCUUAAUGGGAAAGAACCAAAGAUUGUUAAUGGUCCCGAAAUGUUGAGCAAAUAUGUCGGUGCCUCGGAAGAAAAUAUCCGUAAUUUGUUCAAAGAUGCCGAAGCUGAAUACAAGCAAAAGGGAGAAGACUCUGAUUUACAUGUGAUUAUUUUUGAUGAAUUGGAUUCUGUUUUCAAGCAAAGAGGUUCUGCAAGAUCAGAUGGAACUGGAGUUGGUGAUAAUGUUGUUAACCAAUUAUUGUCAAAAAUGGAUGGUGUGGAUCAGUUAAAUAAUAUUUUGGUUAUUGGUAUGACUAACAGAUUGGAUUUGAUUGAUACCGCCUUAUUAAGACCCGGUAGAUUUGAAAUUCAAAUUGAAAUUGCUCUUCCGGAUGAAAAGGGUAGAAAAGAUAUUUUCUUAAUUCAUACUAAAAAAUUACGUGAAAAUGACAUUUUAACUCCGGAUGUUAAUUUUGAUGAAUUGAGUAUUUUAACUAAGAAUUUCACUGGGGCUGAGAUUGAAGGGUUAUGUAAUUCUGCAAAGUCAUAUGCAAUUUCUCGUCAUACCAAAAAAGGAUCAUUAGCCCAAAUUGAUCCGGAAACUAUUGCAAACUUGAAAAUCACCCGUAAUGACUUCUUGUUGGCUUUGAAUGAUAUUAGACCAGCAUUCGGAACUGAUGAGGAAGAUUUAUCACAACAAGCAAAGCAUGGAAUUAUCCAAUUCAACGAAGCUAUUAGACAUGUAUUUGAAAAGGGUCAGUCUAUAGUCGAUGUUGUUAGAUCCAGUGAAACAGAAACUUUAAGAAGUAUUUUAUUAUAUGGAGCAGCUGGUGUAGGUAAAACUGCUAUUGCGACUACAUUGGCAUUAAAUUCCGACUUCCCAUUUAUUAAGAUGUUAUCAGCGGAGACUUUGGUAGGAAUGGGCGAAGCCCGUAAGAUCCAAGAGAUUGACACUGUGUUUAGAGAUGUGCACAAGUCUCCUCUUAAUGUUCUUGUUAUUGACAAGAUUGAAAAUAUCAUCAAUUAUAAUCCUAUUGGUCCAAGAUUCUCCAACGAUAUCUUGCAAGUUUUAAUGGUUUAUUUGACAAAGAAACCGCCCAAGGGAAGAAGAUUGUUGAUAAUUGGUACUACCUCGCAAUAUUCGGUUUUCAAGCACAUGAAUUUGGUUGAUGCUUUCACUGAUACUAUCCCCAUUCCACCUAUUAAGAAGGUAGAAGAAAUUGGAAGAGUUUUAGAGAAAUUAGGAUUCAUGACCGAAAGAGAUCGAGAAGAAAUCUUACACCAAUUGUCACAAUAUGAAAUCAAUAUAGGCGUGAAGGGGUUGAUUGAUGUGUUGAUGGUUAGUAAAUAUUCUAAAGACAAUGUUGAUGAGGUUGUAGCUAACAUUGUUGAAAAAAUGAAUGCUCUUUAACGGAAAAGUAGGAAAUUGCCCAGAACCUGAAAUUUUUAUUUCAUUAUCACUUAUUUUGUAUAGAAAUAGAAAUUAAUUUUUUUUUUU